CGGUGGAGACGUGGGUGGACGAACCUUCCCUAUUUAUCUUCCUCUUCACCGCGAUUACCCGCCGCCAGCCUCCGCCGCCUGGCCCCAGUGGACGGCUGUUAGUAGCAGUUUUCUGUCCGUUGGUUGUCGACGUGGUGGGUGAAGUAAGAGCGGCACGGAUCCCGAAGGAGAGGGGGGGUAUCCCCGAGCCGAACACCGAGCGUCGUCUUCCAGGCUAAAGCUAGCAGCAGCAGCCUAGCGGUUGGGGGUGGAUUCCUUACGUGUCGGCCCUCGGGAAGUGAACAGUAAAAGCGUCCGAGGAGGAUGUCUUGGAGCCAUGACAAGCGCAGGAGACCGGUGUGAUGGGGGAGAGCUCAUCGGAGGGGAAGACGUGUCGGCGGAAGAGUUUCUCUCAAAACGGUUUGACGUGUAAAAGUGGUUCAUGCUAAGCGGAGCUAGGCAGCUAGCUACACGGAUCGAGGAAGUUGAAUAGCCAGCUUGCUAGCUCGGCGACAAAUUUGUGGCUGGACACUCAAGCGUCAGAGUGAGUGAUUUACCCACACGACUGGUGGCUCGUGUCAUUCUUUUAUUUAAAAGUUGGAGUGUAGAUGUAAACGUAGCGAAUUGCCGCUUGAUUUUAACCCAAACGUGACGGUUAGCUUAGGAAGUCAGUGCCUGGUGUAAACAAAGGGUCCCGAGCUCCACCUGCUGUGUGCAGCGCUCCAGGUAGCCCCCGCAGAUCGGGUCUGGGACAUCGCUGUCUGUCCGUUGGUCAGUGAGACGAACUCGCAGACAUGGAUUUAAAGACGGCGGUGUUUAACGCAGCCAGGGACGGUAAGCUCCGGCUGCUCCAGAAACUCUUGGAGAACAAAGAUGGACACGAGGUGACAAAGUUGAUGGGCGAGAAGACGAACGGGGCCACGCCGCUCCUGAUGGCCUCCCGCUACGGCCACCUGGACCUGGUGGAGUACCUGCUGGAGUGCUGCUGCGCUCCCGUGGAGGCCGGCGGCUCCGUGAACUUUGACGGGGAGACAAUCGAGGGGGCCCCGCCGCUCUGGGCUGCCUCGGCGGCCGGUCACCUGAAGGUUGUCCAGUCCCUGCUGGGCCACGGGGCUUCUGUAAACAGCACCACCCUGACCAACUCCACACCCCUGAGGGCAGCCUGCUUCGACGGUCACCUGGACAUUGUGAAGUACCUGGUGGAGCACAAAGCCGACCUGGAAGUAGCCAACAGACACGGCCACACGUGUCUCAUGAUCUCCUGCUACAAGGGCCACUGGGAGAUAGCGCAGUACCUGCUGGAGAAAGGCGCAGAUGUCAACAGGAAAAGUGUAAAAGGCAACACAGCACUUCAUGACUGUGCAGAGUCGGGCAGUUUAGAGAUCAUGCAGAUGUUGCUUCAGUUUGGAGCUUCUAUGGAGCAGGAUGGCUAUGGCAUGACACCCCUUCUAUCCGCCAGCGUCACAGGCCACACUAACAUCGUAGACUACCUGACAACGCAUCACCAGACAAGGCACACGGAACGAAUUGACGCCCUGGAGCUCUUGGGAGCCACAUUUGUGGACAAAAAGAGAGAUCUGCUUGGAGCUUUGAAAUACUGGAAGCGAGCCAUGGACCUCAGGUGCAUGGACAGUAACAUCAUUGUCCAUAAACCAGAACCCAAGCAGCUGAUCAUGGCGUACGACUAUGCCAGGGAGGUCACUAAUGGAGAAGAGCUGGACGGGCUGAUAUCUGACCCGGAUGAGAUGCGAAUGCAGGCUCUGCUCAUCCGUGAGAGAAUCCUCGGCCCACAACAUCCAGACACAUCCUACUACAUCCGUUACAGAGGCGCUGUCUACGCUGACUCUGGGAACUUUGAGCGCUGCAUCAAUCUGUGGAAAUAUGCGCUGGACAUGCAGCAGAGCAACCUGGACCCCCUCAGCCCCAUGACGGCCUCCAGCCUUCUGUCCUUUGCUGAGCUCUUCUCCUUCAUGCUACAGGACAGAGCCAAGGGGCUGCUGGGGACUUCAGUGUCAUUCGAGGACUUAAUGGGGAUCCUGUCCAAGAGUGUGUUGGAAAUUGAGCGGGCAGUGAGACAAAAUGGACCGAUGCCUCCUGACCCUGCCCAGCUCAGCAAGGCCCUGUCAAUCAUCCUGCACCUCAUUUGUCUUUUGGAGAAGGUGCCUUGUAGUGCGGAGCAGGACCACUUCAAGAAGGAAACCAUCUAUAAAUUCCUGAAGCUCCAGCCAUGUGGUAAGAACGGCUACAGUCCACUUCACCUGGCCGUCGACCGCAACACCACCUGCGUGGGCCGCUACCCCGUCUGCAAGUUCCCCUCCCUCACUGUCGCCUCCAUCCUUCUCGAGUGCGGGGCUGAUGUUAACAGCCGAGAUGAGGAUGACAACAGCCCCCUUCACAUAGCUGCAUCCAAUGGUCACCCCGACAUCAUGAACCUGCUCAUUUCCUGCGGGACUCACUUCGACAGCACCAACGCCUUCCAGCAAACGGCCUGUGACCUCCUGGACGAAAAGGAGCUGGCCAGGAAUGUCAUCCAGCCCAUAAACCACACCACGCUGCAGUGCCUAGCCGCCAGGGCCAUUGUCAAGCACGGCCUUGUCUACCGGGGAAACAUCCCAGAGAAACUAGAGGCCUUCGUCUUGCUCCACAGAUAAUGAUCGUGAAAGGGGUGGGGGGGUGAAAAGAAGAGGAGCUGUGGUAACAUCGAGUGGAAAGGACGAAACGGCCGAGCAUUACGGUUCAACACCUGAUCCACUCUCUGUUCAAGGAGCUGAACAAUUUCAUUUAGUAGGUUAAGGCCUUGGGAGAGUAUGAACUUCAUCGUCUCUGUGCACAAAGACGUCCUCAUUCAACUGGGACGAUCUUUAAAAAAAAAAAAAAAAACGUUUAGCGUAAACGGAAGGAGUGAGUGACGCUUUCCUCCAUUGCUGUUUCAUGGAACCCCAGCUCUGACCGGCCACAGCCUGAUCUGUGGAGAUGUGUUAGGAUUGGAUUGGAUUGAACUGAGCAAAGGGUUUAUGUAUUUUUGCUUUAUAAAACAUGGAUUUUUUUUUUUUUUGCAUAUUCCACAAUGCUAUUUAUUGAAUGAAACUUGAGAGAUUUUUCUCCAUGCUGGCUCUAAACCCAGCCUCAACUUUGCCUGAUUCUCUUAUCAAAGCAAGAUUGAGGCGUUUCUUCAUAUGCUGGGACUUCAGGUUAUAUACAUUUUUUUUUUUGUUUUGUUGGUUUGUCCCAUCACUGUUGCCAACAGUCAUGGACCUUCCCUCAGUCAUCAUUGGGUUUAAAAUUUUUCAUUUUUUUGUACUUAUGUCAUCUGCAAAUCUGGUAAUGCCAAGAUGGGUUGUGGAUUCUGGACUUGUUGUUCCCACCUCAGUGUAUUAAAAAAAAGCUUUACAAGAAGGGUUAAUGUGUCUGUGUGAACACCGUAAGUGCUUUAUUCUUCCUAUGCACAGGCUAGGCUGUUGGAAAGAGAGACUGUUGUAUUCUGUGCCGGCACUUGUCUGUGCAAUAUCUCUCAUGAGUUUUUGUGUUUACCUCAUUGCUGCCGUUUCCUUCAGUAUCUCUCGCUUACUUCAGUGGCGGGGGAUACAAAACCAUUGAACUGAUUGUUGAAGAGCGAAUGAUUUUGUGUGUGACUGGGAGUGCCACAAGGCAUGCUUCUUGUAUGUGGAGUGUUUUUGAGCUCACAAAAGUUAUUGAGGACAAGAGUUUGGUGAAGUGGCACUCAUGGAGAUUCCAUAAUGCACGACUGCCACUAGACACCACUGCGGCCAAAAUAACUGUCUACAACCCUCUGAAAGUGUGCAGGCCUGUACAAAGACGUGACCUUCGUUCAUACAUGGCCGACCUUUUUUUUUUUAAUUGCCAUCAUUCUUUUAAUCAAAAAGGAAAAAUAUCUGGGUAAAUUACCAACUUUGCCCACUGCAUGUGCAGCAGCAACAUUAUCGACAACCAACCAUUGCAGAAAAACCUUUCACGAGAACUCUUAGACGCCGACCUCGACUAGAGCAAGGCCUGUUCUGCUUUUGUACAACUGUCGUCCAAUUGUAUGAGACGUGAAGACAUGGACGAGUGGGAGGAUGUGUCCACGUACAGAAUAGUAAAGCUUUGUGAAUUAUCAUGUUUGCACAUUAGCUGUAGAUGUGUGGGAUGAGAGGAAAAAAGGGCUUUUCAUAACAUGUAGGAUUUCAUAUUGCAGUUUAUUUAACCUGACAGUUUAAAACCGGAUAUAGAAAAUGUAAGGACUCCCAGGGCAACUUGAUUUGAAUCUGCACUUUACUACAGCGGAGUUUAAGAUUUGAUAUGGCAUUAAUCAAGUUCAUAACCAAUUUGACAAUAAACCCAUGUUGCACUUGU